CUACAUUCCCCGGAAGCCUUUUCGGGAACUUAACGCUGUCGUGGCGUUUCGGGGUUUCAGUGGGAAUGCCUGAAAGGGUGUCCGGUUUUCUCCUUGCCGCUGAGUGUCUGAACGCCGCUUUUCCGCGGUGCCCGUGAGUCUUAGGGGAACGGCUGAUCUCUCCUCUCCUGUGACUAAUAAAGAUGAGGAGGGCUGGGCUGGGUGAAGGAGCUGCUGGCAGCAACUAUGGUUAUACCAAUAGCGGCUAUAGUGUAUAUGAGGAAGAAAAUGAGAAGUUAACAGAAAGUUUGCGUUCAAAAGUCACUGCCAUAAAAUCUCUUUCCAUUGAAAUUGGAACAGAAGUUAAACAACAUAAUAAAUUAUUAACAGAAAUGGACAAUGAUUUUGAUUCAACAAGUGGAUUCCUUGGUGCAACAAUGGGCAGACUGAAAAUCCUCUCCAGAGGAAGCCAGACAAAACUGUUAUGCUACAUGAUGUUGUUCUCAUUGUUUGUCUUUUUUGUGAUCUAUUGGAUUAUUAAAUUGAGGUGAUGCAGAUCUCUAUUAUGAGAUUAUUCAUACCAUCUUGAAAGCUUUUUUUGAGAAAAUUGAUAAUUUUUGUAACUGGAUUUAGUAUUGAAUGCAUCGAAUCUCUUCUGUAAUUCUUAAAAGCUUAUCAAGCCAGAAGCAGUGUCACUUU